ACCGCGUGGAACUAGACUUGCGUGAUACUUCUGUGCAGCUGGUAGGGAGCACUAUAGAACGCAGUCCUCAUUGGUUUUAUCCUUUCCACCUGGCCACUUUCGCAACGCCGUUGAUUUGCAUGUACGCUAUGCUAAAGACACGACACGUAUAUGGCUUCUGGAAUUGUAAUCGUGCCUAGCGCUCAUUCGAUUAACGGAUUGGGUUCCGGAGAGCAUUGAUCGUGACGCCUACACUUGAAGAACCUAAUUCUACAGUGCAUGUUCUAUUGGAGUCUCCCACGUAAAUGCCAGAUCAUUACCACCAGCGGGUUACAACACUAGGCUUAACAGCAGUUUGAACUUUUAUCCAGCAAGUGAAUCCGUAGUUGUUGCAGCGGCACCUGAGAAGUCAGCAUGCCUGAGGAACAACCUACGAAGCAAGACUUGGAAAAUGUGGCCCGAAGCCGUCGCGUCGGUUCGUACGUCUUCUGCGACCACUUCCCCGAGGAGAUCCUCCGAGGAGCCCUCGCUUACCGCCACCGUCCAGGGGAGGUGUACAUCGUCACGUACCCCAAGUGCGGCACAACAUGGAUGCAGCACAUCCUGUACCACGUGUACAGACUUGGCCAGCCACCGCCAGGCGUCGAGCAUUUCUUCCGCAGCAUGCCUUUUCUCGAGAGGCAUGGCGUAGAGGCCGUCGCUGGACUCCCUUUUCCCGGUAGCGCAAUCAAGACGCAUAUGCUCUACGACGAAGAUCGCAUCUGUCCCGAAGCCAGGUACAUCUACGUGGUUCGCAACCCGCUUGACUGCUGCGUCUCCUUCUACCACCACUACAAGCUGUAUCCCAUCUACCGGUUCGAACGAGGCACCUUCGAUGAAUUCUUCGAGCUUUUCCUCGCCGGCGACGUGGACGGUGGUGACUACUUCGACCACCUGUCGUCCUGGUACCCGCACCGCAAUGACCACAAUGUGCUUUUCAUGAGGUACGAAGACCUGAAGAAAGACACAAAGUCUUCGAUUCUGGCGUUGGCCGACUUCCUCGGUGCCGAGUACGGAGAUGCGCUCCGCUCUAACCCAGACGCCUUGGCCAAGGUGAUGAAAGCCUCCAGCCUUGCUGAAGUCCGACAGUUAGCGCGGCUCGAGCGAGAGUACCAGGCUGAGCUCAUGGCCUACACACCGAGGCACAGGCUGCCUAGGUGGGCACAGUUGUACCUGGACCACUCCGGCCACCGCGCGACCAGCAAGCCAGCCGAAGGUGCAAGCGUGGUCCGCAAAGGUGUCGUGGGAGACUGGAAGAACCAUUUCACCUCCGAACAGGUGCAGAGGCUGAAGGACAGAGCAGCACUGAAGUUUAAAGAUAUCGACAUACUGAGCCUGUGGAAGGACUGCCUCACAAUUUAAAAGGAAGGACGUAAAUCUUCCCAGCAACACCCAUCUAAAGCGGUGAUUUUGUGCCUAAUAUGCUUGCUCGUGUGGCUAAUAUGUUGUGCUUUGCGUUGCGAUUCCCACAAGUGGUAGACGAGCUUCACAACGUAACUGAAAGGCCGCCACGUUAUUGCGCCGUAAUGCGCGCUUCGCACAUUUUACACUGCAAAUGUUGAACACGUGCCACAGAAAUGACACGAGUGAAUGUAAAUAAAUGUGUACAUCGCGCAUAUGUUUCUUGCAGCAAGUUUUGCUCACAGGAAAUCAACAAAAAAAAAAACGGCAGGACGUGGAAGAUAGCUUGCGAUGAAGAAAAUCCGUAAACAGGGGGUGGGUGCUCGAGCCUGCACCCCCUGUUUACAGAUUUUAGGGGCGAAGCUCCUUAAG